GUACAUAUAUGCACCUGUCUAUAAACCAUCAAUAUAGCACAACUUCAGUACGAAAAUAUCAGAAUUAUUUACAUCAAGUACAUGUACCAUAUUACAUGCCGCGUUUGCACUGGUGUAGCAUCUGGAAUUUACACUUGGACUAUAUAUUUCAAAUGCGAGGAUGUUCAACACUCAAACUCAGCAACUGUUUGAGAAAGAUGAAGUUGGCUAUGUAUCUAGUUCUGGUGUUGCUCCUCCAUUGCCUUUUCGACAAAGGAGAGGGCAAAGCUAAAGGGAAAAAGAAACAUUGUUGUGGAUUUUGGUCGGGAUGGGAUUGUCGCUGCCGCUCAGACAGGGACUUGUCGGAACUUGCAAAUGCUCCUAUGGAAAAGGGAAAACGAAUGGGGGAAAUGUUAAGCCCAACAGAGAUGGAUGAAGAAGAUGUGCACUAACAUGCAUGGUUUCUGUCGUCUAUUCCUCUUUUAUUGUUAGACACAAAAUUACUCUUUAAAGAACCUGGAAUUUAUUCUUUCGAUGUUCUUUAUUAAAUUGUUUUUCCGAUA